AUGACCAAUCAAAAUCCAACAUGAAUUAAUUUGUUUGUCAAAAAAAUUAAUUAUAAAUUGAAACGUGAAACUUGCCACUUGCUUAACUAGAUCCCCAAAAUUCACAAUGCUCCGACACGUAAUAAGUUUAUAAACGGAGGACAUAAUAAUAAAUAAAAACAAAACAAAGGGCUAAACUGCAAAAAACGACGAUCGCGUUGAUUCCACGAGGACCACGACUAUAUAGUCCAACCCAUACCCUGGGAACUCAGGAGUCUACUCUCUGUUAGCGAAAUUCAGCAGCUGUGAUUAAUCAUUGUAUCGAGAUUCCUUAUUCAUCAAACUUUACUAGGUUUCCUGUUAUUCCUUUUGAACAAGACUUUGUGAUUUGAAGACUUUGUGAUUUGAAGACAUGUCUCGUUGCUUUCCGUUCCCUCCGCCGGGGUAUGAACUGACCGGAGCAAAGAUUGGGGCUUUUAUCGAUUCCGAUAAGGAAAAACAAUGGAAGAAGGAGAAGAGAAGAGAGAAGAAAGAGAAACGGAAGGAUAAGAGAAGAGAAGCCGAAAUUCAGCCGUUAGAGCGAAGCGGCCUCACGGAAGAACAUUCACAUCCCACCUCGUCUUCAGACAGCACAAAUAACAGCCACAAGACGAAGAAGCAUUAUACUCAUUCACAAGGUAAAGUUAUCUUGAUAAGACUGCCCUCAAACGAGAAAAACGAGCUUCAUUCUGUAGCUAAAGAACAAUACCUCUGCUCAAUAUCUGCAGUUGGAGUAGAGAACUCGGCGCAAACAUUGGAGUUGCGAUAUAAGAAUUUACUUGAGGGUUGUCUUCCGUCAUUGACUCAGUACGCGCGUAUGGAUACAGAGGAUCUUGACUGGCUAAUGCAGGGGAAAAAUGAAGACGUGCGGACCAGGAAAAGGCAGAGAUUCGAACGCGGUGAUUGUACGAGUUUCUCGAAAAGAUCGGAAUUGUGGCCUCGUGCGGAGUACUUGCAUGAAAUUGGUAUCUAUGCAUUGCCUUUCACAGUUCCUUAUUGAGUUUGUGCUGAUGGUCAAAUAUAUAGCACAGUAGUAAUAUGUUGUUUCUGAUAAAAAAAAAAAAUCGGAAUUGCCUCUCAUAGGUUUUGUAUGUUGAGAUCAAAGUUCAUUAGAUUGUUGUGUAUGUAGUAACAUGAAUUGUCAGCCAAUGAGUUCAAUUGUUCAUAAAUACAGUUGUGAUAUAGUUUCAUA